UGUGGUUCUGGUUGGGCAGCGCAGUUAUGUAAUGCGUCGGGAUGCUGCUGCUGCACGGAGGGAAAGUGACGGACGGCUAAUGCAGUGAUAUCCCACGACGUUCGGGCUUGUGCAUGGAUCCUCGGGCAGCUGCAGCAUCAUCACCCACCCUGGACCGCUGGAGAGUGUCGGAGGAGAGCGCGUCUCUCUGCUGAAGCCCCGCCGUCUGGAGCCUGCGGGAGCCGCACAUCUGCCCUGUAGCCGGCCACAGGCGCUCCCUGUUCAACACCAGCCCUCACGUCGUCUGAAGAAACCAAUGCGGGCUUGUCUCAGACAGGACACGGCUUCACAUCUCUCCCUUUAUCGCGGCGGUCUGAUCCGACGGCCCCUGGGCUUUAUUCUAAGCAAUGGCGGGUCCCGAGCAGACGCAGCAGCAGGUGGAGGAGAAGGCAGAGCACAUAGAUGAUGCCGAGAUGGCUCUGCAAGGGAUCAACAUGCUGCUCAACAACGGAUUCAAGGAAAGCGACGAACUUUUCAAGAGAUACAGGACCCAGAGUCCUCUGAUGAGCUUUGGGGCCAGCUUUGUCAGUUUCCUGAAUGCCAUGAUGACGUUUGAGGAGGAGAAGAUGCAGAUGGCUUGUGACGACCUGAGGACCACUGAGAAACUGUGUGAGAGCGACAGCGCUGGAGUGUUAGAGACAAUCAGAAACAAGAUUAAAAAGAGUAUGUACUCCCAAAGGUCAGGCGUGCUUGUCGUGGACCGCCUGCAGAGGCAGAUCAUUGUUGCUGACUGCCAAGUGUACCUCGCCGUGCUAUCCUUCGUCAAACAGGAACUCUCAGCUUAUAUUAAAGGAGGCUGGAUUCUUCGUAAGGCGUGGAAGAUGUAUAAUAAAUGCCACAGCGACAUCAGCCAGCUGCAGGAAGGCUGCCAGCGCCGGCCCUCCGGCAACCAGGAGAGUCUUUCAGCAGACAACGCUAACCACAACGCACCGGUGGAGAACGGUGUGACGGCCGAGGCCCUGGACAGACUCAAGGGCUCUGUCAGUUUUGGUUAUGGCCUCUUCCACCUCUGCAUCUCCAUGGUACCACCACACCUGCUGAAGAUUAUCAACCUGCUGGGUUUUCCUGGCGACCGCCUGCAGGGUCUGUCCUCCCUCAUGUAUGCCAGCGAGAGCAAGGACAUGAAGGCCCCACUGGCAACGUUGGCCCUUUUGUGGUACCACACAGUGGUGCUGCCGUUCUUUGCUCUGGAUGGCUCCGACACGCACACCGGGCUGCAGGAAGCCAAAGCUAUCCUGCAGAGGAAGUCAGUGGUUUACCCCAACUCCUCUCUCUUCAUGUUCUUUCAAGGACGAGUUCAAAGGUUGGAGUGCCACAUCAACAGUGCUUUGGCCUGUUUCCAUGAUGCAUUAGAACUGGCAUCAGACCAAAGAGAGAUCCAGCAUGUGUGUCUCUAUGAGAUUGGUUGGUGCAGCAUGAUAGAGAUGAAUUUUGAAGAUGCGUACAGAGCGUUUGAGAGGUUGAAGAACGAGUCGCGCUGGUCACAGUGCUAUUAUGCCUACUUGACUGGAGUGUGCCAGGGCGCUUCGGGGGACCUGGAUGGAGCAAACAGGGUCUUCAAAGACGUGCAGAAGCUGUUCAAGAGAAAAAACAACCAGAUAGAGCAGUUUGCUGUCAAAAGGGCUGAUAGACUGAGAAAGGUCUCGCCCACCAAAGAGCUAUGCAUCCUUGGUAUAAUCGAGGUACUCUACCUGUGGAAAGCCCUGCCCAACUGCUCUCCAUCCAAACUGCAGAUAAUGAAUCAGGUGUUGCAGAGCAUAGAUGAGGUUUCCUGCAGAGGCCUGAAAUAUCUUCUUCUCGGCUCCAUUCACAAAUGCCACGGAAACAUGAGAGAUGCCGUUCAGUCAUUCCAGCUGGCUGCUAGAGAUGACUACGGACGGCAUAUUAACUCCUACAUUCAGCCCUACGCUGUCUAUGAGCUGGGAUGUAUACUCCUUGGAAAACCAGAGACCGUGGGAAAGGGACGAUCAUUCCUACUCCAAGCCAAGGAGGAUUUUACAGGCUACGACUUUGAGAACCGGCUCCACGUCCGCAUCCACUCAGCCCUGGCCUCUCUGAAGGAAGUAGUGCCUCAGUGACUCCCGGCAGAAAGACUUCAGUGGCUCAAGCUUUGCACGAAGUUGGAAGCCAUUCACAGUCACUUUUUGAUAUAUCGGUGAACAAAUUCCUGUGUUUUUCAUUCUUAAAUGAUUUGAAGACAUAGUGUACAUAUAUUUGUCACUUUAUCUAGUCAGACUGAUAAUGAAGUGCCAUCUCUGUGCAUUUUGUACAGCACUAGUUGUCAAAGUGUUCAUACUAGCACGCAGAUAAGAUAUAGACUGUGCAGGUUACCCACACCUGAAAUCACCAAAGUUAUACUGGGGCAAAUAUUUUGCCAGCCAGCAAACUCAUCCCCAGUACUUUCAUACCUAUAUUUGAUUACUGCAGUUGUUAAAAAACUACAGCGGUUGUAAAAUGCAAAAUAAAUAUUAAACAGUAAAAACAAGGUAACUUUCUCGAUGUUUCCCCCUGUUUUCAGUUUUUGGGCUAAGAUAGGUUAACGCAGCCCUGGCCUUUUUAUUUGGAUGGGAUGCACAGAGACAAAACUACUAUAAAUCCCUGACCGUGGGCAAAAUGAAUAGAUGCAUUACAUCAAGUCUCUAGCUGUUUCUCAAGUAUUUUUCUCACUGUUGUGUGUUUGGCCGUUAGUAACAUUUUUACUGUUUAAAUGUACGUGUAGAAGUUUUUAAUUACGCUUCUCCCUUCAGUGAGCAAUUCAGCAUGUAGGGUAAUAUUUCAUCCAACUGUUUUCUACAUCUGCUUCAUCCUGGGGCCUUUCCCGGCUGACAUGGAGCAACGAUCAGGAUGCAACCCAGACAGCUCACCCGUCCAUCAUAGACGUAACCUUUCAACCAUAAGAUUUAACAAAAAACAUAAACAGGCAUCAGCGCAUUAUUAUUACAUUCAUGCUCAAUUUGAGUCCAUUAAAAUAUAAUAGAAUCAUGCAAAUUCACAUAACAUAGCACUUACUACUGUAAUGAUUUCAAUUCAAUAUUUGGCUCUGGAGUCACUUAUAUGCUUAUAAGUGACACUUUUGGGUGAUACAUCUUAUAAAUAUCAUUUUAAUUUUCAAUUAGUGCUUUUUCCUUUGCUUAGCCAGGAAAAGAGAAAACCCCUGCACCCCUCCCGCCAUUUUAUUUGCAACUUUAACUGGAAACGCAAGUUUUGGUGUAGAAAAUAAUAUCAGACAGAUUCACCCAAGACUCUUGCAGGCGAUUAGUCAAGUUAUUUUAAAGGGACCUCCCCUCAGUCCAGAAUAAACAGCGACUACAUGGCAUUACGCACAAAUGCAUAGUUAGAUCUCAAAUUGGUUCAAAUAAAUGAAUAUUAGAUUAUUUCAUUUUAACACUGUCAAAUUUCCCUCUAAAGACUCGUUCGUUAUAAUCCUUUAUAUCGGCAAACAGUAGAGAGGACACUUGAAAAUAAGGCAAAAAAGAGAGUGUAAAAUACCUGUAUUUGAUAAAAGUACAUAAUAAGAACAUGUAAAAAUCAAUUUAAUGGUGCUAAAAUAUUGUAGUUUUAUAUCUUACAUGGUAUCAGCAAUAGUUCAACAAAUACAAGGAUUUCGGACGGACUUUACGAAAGUAAAUAAAUCAGCAAAUAUGGGAUAGAUAGGAUGCAGGAGUUCUCUCUUAUCUGGCCUCAGGCACACCUGAAGGUGCACACCUGAAGGUGUGCAUGAGCCUCUGACUUCUUGAUUAAAUCAUAAAAAUCUGCAGUGAAGUCACCUGUUAAAGCAAGUCACAUCCAACAGAGGUCGCUUGAAUUCACAAUGGAAACAAACAAACCAGCAAAUAAUUCAUCACAGGAAGUAGUUAAAUAACAUCACUGGUCAUCUUGAGUCACAUAGAGAAGUCACAUUCAACUAGUCAGACAGUGAGAUCACCACACUUUAUGACAUAAAAUAGUAUUUUGUUAUUGUCUGUUUGCUCCAUUUUCUUUUAAUGAUGCAUUUGUCAUUGUUUAUGUGCUCUAUGCAUGGCAUCCCUGACCAACGAUGACUUUAAGACUGUACUGAAGUCAACUUUCCUGCAAAUACAUUAAGUUAUUACAUCACAGUAUCUUCAGGACUGUAAUGUUGCCUAAUGAACAUAUAUAAUUAUUUUAGAUGUUUUGUUUAGUGAUAGAGGCCUUUCAUUUACGUUACGUCAUAAUAAUGACAUGUUUAUUUAUUUCAACCCCAAUUCCAAAGAAGUUGGGGCGCUGUGUAAAAUGUUAAUAAAAACAGAAUUAAGUGAUUUGCAAAUUUCAUAAACCCGUAUUUUAUUCCCAAUAGAACAUAAACAACAUAUAAGAUGUUAAAACUGUGACAUUUUGCCCUUUACUGGUGGAAUAUUAGCUAAUUUUGAAUUUGUGGGCAGCAACACAUCUGAAAAAGGUUGGAACUGGUCAGUGUUUACCGUUGUGGCCCUUCAGGAGGAAUGUUGUCCCACUCUUGUCUGAAUAUAACCACUAGCUGCUCGACUUCAUUACUGGAUUUUUAAUUUCAUGAUGCACCAUCUACUUUGUAGUAGUGAAAGUUCGUGCUCUUGCCAUGAAGUUGUGAUGGAUGCAGCGUGUUGCUGAAAUAUGCAAGAGACGUCUGGAUGAGAGCAUAUGCUGCUCUAAAACCUCUACGUGCUUUUAAGCAUUGAUGAUGCCUAUCCAGAUAUGUAAAUUACUUAUGAACUGUCGGGUAAUAACAAGCUGGAUAGUCCAGAGGUCCAUGCUUUCCAAAAAGAAUUUCAAAUUUUGUUUAAUCUGAUCAUUGAAUGAGCUUUGACCCACAGAAGACAGCAGCACUCCUGGUACAUAUGGUUAUUCUUUGCAUGACAGACCCUUAAGCUGAAUUUUUGGAUUGCACAGCAAACUGUGUUCACAGACAGCGCUCUCUGGAUGCGUUACUGAGCCCAUGCAGUGAAUUCCAGUAUAGACUGUCUAUAUACAUAAGUCUAUGUUAAAUGUCUCCUGCCUCCUGAGACUCCAAAGAUCAAGAGCCCCCAAUUUUGACCUUCAGCUUUAUCCCAUUUGCAGAGAUGCCUCCUGAUUCUUGGAAUCUUAUAAUGAUAUUACACACUGUAGAUGGUGGGAUUUUACACCGAGGAACAUUUUCCUGAAAUUGUUCCACAAUUUUUUGACAGUUUGUCUCAAAUUGGUGAACCUCUUCCCAUCUUUACAUCUGAGAGGCCUCGCCUGUCUGAAAUACUGCUUUUAUGCGUAUUGUGUUGUUGACGUGCUGCCAAUUAACCUAAUUAGUAGUUUGUUUCAUUUGUACCAGUUAUUUUUUUGUGCUGCCUCCACCAAUUUCAAGAUAAACUUAUAUUUUCCAUGAAAUCUGAUAUGUAUUGUGCUUACGUCUCAAAUGGCCUCAUGAGAUUUGCAAAUCACCGUGUUUUGUUUUUAUUUACAUUUUGUCCAGCAUUCCAUCCUUUUAGAAUUUGGGUUGCACAUAAAAAUAAUACUUUUACAGGAAAAAUAUAUGCUGCCUUGAUUUGAGUACUGUGACCGCCAGUAUCAGCGAUCAAGCUAUUCAGAAUCUUGUGUUGGACAAAUAACAGUCAUCAGUGUCAUUUUAAUAAGCUUUUUAAAUAGUAUCACACUAUCCGCACAUGAUAUUUUCAUUGCAAUUCCUUUUUAAGCAGGAUACUGUCUUUAUGUCAUUUAAGCAAUAUAACUAACUGACAUUGAGGAUUUUGUUGAAAAGGAUUCCAACAAUGAUCAGCUGUGUUUUUCCUUUCACCUUUAAAGUUGUGGACUUGUACAUUUGUUUUUUUCCUAAAAUGAUUGUUAAGACAGUGCUUCUCAUUCCUUGUGGCUCUGAUGGAUAUAAAAUGUUGUAAAUGUUGAGGUGGCUGCUGUCAUGCAGUCUGUGCAGUGAAAGUCAUUUUGCGGUGUAAUAUCAGUCAGAUGUUACGUUCCUGCUGUACCAAUUACCUCUUUCACCAGAACAUUUCCUCCUUUUGUCAAGGGAAUUUCUUGAAAUCAAGAUAUUGGGAUGAUGAUGUUUCAGUCUGUCACUAAACUGAACAAUAAACUAUUCUCCAUCAUUC